GCCAAACACACCUGCGGCUGCAGCGGGAGGGAGCGGCUGGGGCGGUCGCCGUGUCAGUGUGGGGCCGAGCCGAGCCGAGCAGAGCAGGGCAGGGCAGGCGGCAGCGGAGAGCGGGCAGCAUGGACAAGGCGCACAGCAAGACGGUGGAAGAAGUUCUCGCCCACUUCGGCGUGAAUGAGAACACGGGGCUGAGCCCCGAGCAAGUGAGGCAGAACCAGGAGCGCUGGGGGCUCAACGAACUGCCAGCGGAAGAAGGGAAGUCCCUGUGGGAACUUGUGUUGGAGCAAUUUGAAGAGCUCCUGGUGCGGAUCCUGUUGCUGGCUGCCUGCGUCUCAUUUGUCUUGGCUUGGUUUGAGGAUGAGAAGACCAUCACUGCUUUUGUGGAACCUUUUGUGAUCCUCCUGAUCCUGAUUGUGAACGCUCUGGUUGGUGUGUGGCAGGAAAGGAAUGCAGAGAAUGCCAUCGAGGCACUCAAAGAGUAUGAACCCGAGAUGGGCAAGGUGUACCGAAUGGACAGGAAGGCCGUGCAGAGAAUCAAAGCUCGAGACAUUGUGCCUGGAGACAUUGUGGAAAUCGCAGUUGGUGAUAAAGUUCCUGCUGACAUCAGGAUCAUCAGCAUCAAAUCAACAACGCUGCGAGUGGACCAGUCAAUUCUUACAGGGGAAUCUGUCUCUGUCAUCAAACACAGUGAUCCAGUGCCUGACCCGCGAGCUGUAAACCAGGACAAGAAGAACAUGCUGUUUUCGGGAACCAAUAUUGCAGCUGGGAAGGCGUUGGGCAUUGUCGUGGCCACGGCAGUCAACACGGAGAUCGGCAAGAUUCGCAACCAAAUGGCGGCCACUGGGUGUGAGAAGACUCCUCUCCAGCAGAAACUUGAUGAGUUUGGCCAGCAGCUGUCCAAGGUCAUCUCCCUCAUCUGCGUGGCCGUGUGGGUCAUCAACAUCGGGCACUUCAAUGACCCCGUCCAUGGAGGAUCUUGGGUACGUGGCGCCAUCUACUACUUCAAGAUUGCGGUGGCAUUGGCGGUGGCUGCCAUCCCUGAGGGGCUGCCUGCCGUCAUCACCACCUGCCUGGCCCUGGGCACCCGGCGCAUGGCCAAGAAGAACGCCAUCGUCAGGAGCCUUCCAUCCGUGGAGACACUGGGCUGCACGUCGAUCAUCUGCUCCGACAAGACAGGCACACUCACCACCAAUCAGAUGUCCGUCUGCAAGAUGUUUGUCGUUGAUACAGUGGUGGGGGAUGACUGUAAUCUGCACGAGUUCAACAUCACGGGAUCGACCUACGCCCCAGAGGGAGAAGUACUUAUGGGGGAUAAGCCCAUUCAAACCAGUCAGUACCCUGGACUUGUAGAGCUGGCUACUAUCUGUGCACUGUGCAAUGAUUCCUCUCUGGAUUACAAUGAAUCAAAGGGAAUUUACGAGAAGGUUGGGGAAGCCACGGAAACGGCUCUCGUUUGUCUGGUGGAAAAGAUGAACGUUUUCAACACUGACAUCAAUGGCAUCACUAAAGUAGAAAAAGCUACCUACUGCAACAACACCAUCAAGCAGCUGAUGAAGAAGGAAGUGACACUGGAAUUCUCCCGUGACCGCAAGUCCAUGUCUGUCUACUGCUCUCCUGUCAAGCCCACGGUCGGAUCUGGGAACAAGAUGUUUGUGAAGGGGGCUCCUGAAGGAGUAAUUGAACGUUGCAAUUACAUCCGUUACGGCACCUCCAGGGUGCCCCUGACACCUCGACUGAAGGAGAAAAUCCUGAGCGUGAUCAAGGAAUGGGGGACUGGACGGGACACCCUCCGCUGUCUGGCCCUGGCAACGCGGGACAGCCCGCCCAGGAGAGAGGACAUGGACCUGGAAGAUCCCACUAAGUUCAUCCAGUAUGAGACUGACCUCACCUUUGUUGGCUGCGUGGGGAUGUUGGACCCCCCGAGGAAGGAAGUGGUCGACUCCAUCCAGAUGUGCGAGAAGGCCGGUAUCCGUGUGAUCAUGAUCACCGGCGACAACAAGGGCACCGCCAUCGCCAUUUGCCGGCGGAUUGGGAUCUUCGGCGAGGACGAGGACGUGUCGGAGAAGGCGUACACCGGCCGCGAGUUCGAUGACCUCACCCUGGAGGAGCAGCGGGAGGCCUGUCGCUCCACGCGCUGCUUCGCCCGGGUCGAGCCCUCCCACAAGUCGAAGAUCAUCGAGUACCUCCAGUCGUUUGAUGAGAUCACGGCUAUGACUGGAGACGGUGUUAAUGAUGCGCCUGCUUUAAAGAAAGCUGAAAUUGGGAUUGCCAUGGGCUCUGGAACUGCUGUGGCUAAGACAGCAUCAGAAAUGGUAUUGUCAGAUGACAACUUCUCCACCAUUGUGUCAGCAGUCGAGGAGGGUCGAGCUAUCUACAACAACAUGAAGCAGUUUAUUCGCUACCUCAUCUCCUCCAACGUGGGCGAAGUGGUCUGCAUUUUCCUCACCGCCAUCCUGGGCUUGCCCGAGGCCUUGAUCCCAGUGCAGCUGCUCUGGGUGAAUUUGGUGACAGAUGGUCUGCCUGCCACGGCUCUGGGCUUCAACCCUCCCGACCUCGACAUCAUGAACAAACCACCUCGAAAUCCCAAGGAGUCGCUCAUUAGUGGCUGGCUCUUCUUCCGAUACAUCGCCAUUGGCGUUUACGUCGGCCUGGCGACAGUUGGAGCAGCCACCUGGUGGUUCAUGUUUGAUGAGAGUGGUCCACAGGUUACCUUCAACCAGCUGCGGCACUUCAUGCAGUGCACACCCGACCACCCGCUCUACCAGAACAUCGAGUGUGCCGUCUUUGAGUCGCGCUUCCCCACCACCAUGGCCCUGUCGGUGCUGGUGACCAUCGAGAUGUGCAACGCGUUGAACAGCCUGUCUGAGAACCAGUCCCUGUUGAGGAUGCCCCCAUGGGUGAACAUCUGGCUGCUCGGGACCAUCUGCCUGUCCAUGUCUCUGCACUUCCUGAUCCUCUAUGUGGAACCAUUGCCUCUGAUCUUCCAAGUGACUGCUCUGAACUGGCCUCAGUGGGUGGUGGUCCUGAAGAUCUCCUUGCCCGUCAUCUUACUGGACGAAUCACUCAAAUUUGUGUCCCGUAACUACAUAGAGGGUAAAGACCCUGUUGCAGUCUGUCCGAGCAAUAGUGGGCUUCCGGCAUACUUUGGGGACAUUUCCUGGCUCUUCGUCUUAGUCUCGGCGCCUCUUAUCUGCUGGCUUUACUGUCUGCUUUAACCUCCACGGACUGCUGCAGCGCUGACCAGAAGGAACUGGUUUCUUGAUACCAGCUUGCUUUUAUUUCUUGUGGGACUUGGUUACACUCUAUGUCUGUCCUGAGAGGAUGCCUUGGGUCCUAUUGAGUGUGUUUCUGUUUGUGCGACGGUAUGCUACCAGAAGGGGAGGACAUUCAUGGCGAGUUCCAGGCCCAGGAUUAGCUGUGGGGCUUAGUCUAAUGCUAUUCCACAGUUGUGUUUAUUGCUGGUGUGUUGAGUGCAUUCAUUUAUUCAUAGAGCUACACAACAGCUCAUUGCAAUUGGUCGAUGCAAUUCUUCCCCCUUCCUCCAUCAUGUUCAAAGCAUCCAGUAACUAGCUCACUGGAGGGAACGACUCUGCCAGUGCUUCUAGAAGCAAAACAAAACGCCUGAAGCUCCAAGAGGCUUGGAAUAAGAUGAUGAUCAAACACCAACCUCUGGUGUUGUCAGAUCCAACCCAAAACCCCCGAAUGGGUUCUGAGGGACAGGAAUGUGUCAGACACCAUAGAAAAUUAGCUGAUCUCUAAAGGAUAUUUUUUUUUGUUGAAUGGCAUCAGAAAUUAUUUUCUAAGCUCUGAAGGCUCAUUCUGAAAUGGCACCAGCAAUAAAACUCCAACUCAUUUCAACUACCCCUCUUUCACAGGUCAACGAAUACUCUGAAAAUGUUGACAUGUUGCCGGCAAAAGAUUAGUCAGUGCCAGGGCCCUCACUGUUUGGGACAGUGCUCACUAAUCGGACAUUACUGUGUACAGUGACGGAAGCCACGGUACACUGGCCUAUCCAGGACAGUCUAGCGAUGGAAUGAACACGCAGUGUUGUUCUGUGAUGAAGUCCAGCCCCUGUGUAUGAUACUGAGCACCAAGGUCCUGCUAGUCCUAUUGAGUCAAGGAUUGGACCACAUGUCCCAUGAAAUGAAACUCUCAGCCUACAGGUUCCAAAUUCUGGGGCUCCUGUGUGAUGUCAGAAUAGAUACGGAGGGGUUUGGGAAUGACGUUCAGUCCAUUGCCUGUCUUCCCCUAACACCAGCAACCCGGGCCUCUGAAUUGGCUUGUGCACUGAUUUGCUCAUCACUGGGGUUGGCAGAGACUUCGGCCCGAGGUCAGCGCGAGGUGUGGAGAUUGCCAGGGUGGUUCUGUGAGACCGAGGGGAAGGGGUGUGAAGCUGGCACCGACCGUACUGGCUGGUAUAUCUCGACACGGUAAGUGCGAAUGAUCAGGAGUCACAGGCAGGCUCGGCGCCUGACUGGGUGAGGAAGUCGGAUACUGCAGGGAACUGUGCUGUGCACGGACCCCAGCCCUUUGGCCCAUUCAGAACCUGAUUGAAAGCAUCUUUCUGUUAGUGCAGUUCUUAACCAAGAAAUCUCUGCUGCAAACACCUUGUCGGCUCCUGCCCGCUACAGCCCCAGCUUUGAACUCUUUCCCCUCGGAUCUCAGCCCUUGCUCCUUCGGAGGAGCGUCGUGGGUGAUCACCCGGUGGUCAUUGUGACCACAGACAGUCCAGCAUCGGCCCUGGUCGGUGAACUGGGAUGAUGGGCUGGGUGGGCCCUUCCUGAUUAAUCCCCUUCCUCUCCUGAAGCCAGGUGGGUGGUUCUGCACACCCCUUCACAUGAACCAUUCAAUCUCCCUGCUAUUCUAAACAAACUGCUUUACAGUAAUGUUUAAACUGCUCCACAGCUGCUGAUAAUAAUUGGUAAAGCAAUGGAGGACAGACCCAAAGAGAGGAUUGAACUACCCCAUUCACUGGAUGUUGGCACCACUGGCCAGGCCAGCAUUUAAUGCCCAUCCCUAGUUGCCCUUGAUAAGGUGGGGGGCAAGCCGCCACCUUGAACCACAGUGGUCCCACGGUGCUGUUGGGGAGGGGUUCCCGGACUUGGGCCCAGUGACAAUGAAGGACCGGCAAUGUAUCUCCAAGUCAGGAUUGCGUGUGACUUGGAGAAAAGUUAGUGUAUAUAUAAAACUCUGGGGAAGGCGGAGGCAUUAAUGUUCCUGUCCAGGGAGAGCUCAGUACUGGGGCGUCGAUACAAGUGUCCUGAGGACGUCAGUUUGUAGUGGGCGUGGGGCUGCCAAGAGGCAGUGUGACCAGGGAUGUCGAGGUCGGUACAUUGUGAGCAGCUGACAGGGAGUCAGUGGGGGAUGCAGGUGCAACACCACCAGUGUCCCGAGAGUUGCAGCCAAGCUGCAAGUAUCCAGAGUGAUCUACCCCCUAUGUUAGCAACACUGGCCAUUGAUGCAGUGUCAGAAGGAACACAUCUGUUAACCUCAGAUGUGGAGCUGUCUGAUACAGUCGGGGCUGCCGGGGAUUCCCGAGUGCAGAAUCAAGGGAUCGUGUGGGCAUGCUGAGCCGUCCCACCCCCCCUGUUUCUGCACAGUUGCUGAGUUUGUAUGGAGGGUAACCAGUCCUACUUUUACAGGGAGAUUGGCUGGGGUUGAAGCCGGUGGUAUUACUGAUGUCAGAAUUGGAGAAGUACCCACUGUAAUUUUAUUACUGAUGACAUUAACAAAUAAUGAACUAAUCCUGAAGUAGAUUGUGAACCUGUGUUAACUAGAAGUGCAGCUGUUGUUUAAUACAGAAUAUUAUUUUUUAAACAAAGACUGUAAAAUGAAACAAAGUCCAUUUGAUGGGCUGAAGAGCCAGGAACAUGAGCACUGAUUUGAGAUGAUGUGUGUGCAGUCUCUGUGUUUGGGGGCAGGUCAGGUUCUCUCCUGUACUGCCUGGCCUGCAGUGUGCUGUCCUGGGUACCAGUUGUAUUAAAUACAGAGACUGUGCUUCCUGCACUUUACAUGGUGUUCCAGACCCUCUCUCAGAUGUUUCCAAGAACCCCCAUUGGGCUCUCAGCAAUCAUUGCAAAAAGUGUCCACAGACUAAAGCUGGUGGUUUUUAGAGGGCAAAUCCAGAGUUUUAAUCAGGUUAUCGAUUUCAUUCCUCCUUUGGUACCACAGUAACAUUUCAUUGGGCAGUUUACUGCUGGACCUGACAGGUUAGAGUAUCUAAUUCUUAAAUAGUGUAGGACCAUUGGCCUGUUUGUCUUUGCCUUUGGGCAUCAUCCUGCCAGGAGGAGGUUGUGCCUUGCAAGCCAGUAUUACCCAAGACAGGGGCCUCCAAGACAUGGAGUGAAUUAUACCUUUGAAGUUGGAGGGGUGGGAGGGGGCUCUCUGCUUGACAUUGCCAAGUGUUGGGGUAAGGAGGGAGACAGAAACAGGAUGGCUGGGGUGGUAUUGCUUGGUUGCAAGGGGACAUCAGCAGAGAUGGGAAGUGUCCCUCAGAGUGAGGAAGUAUAGAGGAUGCCCCAGUCUGCAGGGAGGUGAAUUUGAGAUAUCACAGUUCGUGUUUUUGAUUUAACAGCCCAGUGCGUUAACACACGGACACAGCUCUGUCUCCAGACACCCACAGGGAGUUGUGGAGUGUGGCUGUGAUCAGACCUUCGUGUGUUCCCAACAUUUCCUUUUGGAAGUUCAGGUGCAAGAUGUUGUUCUUCUUCAGCGCUGUGCAAUCAAAAGUUGAGUUUUUCAUCUGACCCUGGGCACCUUGGACACAAUCCAACCAGUUUGGACUAAAUGAAUUCACAGGAGACUGCAGAAGCUGGAAUCUGGAGCAUCAAACAAUCUGCUGGAGGAACUCAGCUGGUCGAGCAGCGUCUGUGGGAGCUAAGGAAUUGUCGACGCUUUGGGUCAAAACACUGCUCUAAGUCCCGAUCCUGAAAUGUCGACAUUUCCUCUCCCCCUCACCGCAGGUGACGCUGCACCUGCUGAGUUCCUCCAGCAGAUUGGUUGGUGCUCCAGUUCCGACUAAAACUUGCUUUUCCAUUGGCAAAUGGAACUUGAUCCACGGAAGAGACCCAGGAAAACCUGAGGGUAUUGGUAUUGGUUUAUUAUUGUCACUUGUACUAAGGUACAGUGAAAAGCUUGUCUUACAAACGGAUCGUACAGGUCAAUUCAUUACACGGCGCAGUUACAUUGAGUCAGAACAGAGUGCAUUGAUGUAGUACAGGUAAAAACAAUAACAGUGUCACAGCUACAGAGAAAGUGCAGUGCAAUAAGGUGCGAGGUCACAACAAGGUAGCAUGCCUGAAUGACUACCAACCAGUGGCUCUGACAUCCACCACAAUGAAGUGCUUUGAGAGGCCCACUCGCAGUGGAAGUGUGCCCCCUACCCUGUGUUCUUCACAGGGCCUGGAGAGGCAAGUCCUGAGGGAUUACAGUUGGGGGGAUUAGCUUGCCCCUGUGGGAGGAGGGAGUGGCUGCCCUGAGAGAGGAGGACCUCUAUAACACAUUGCAAUGCCAGUCAACAAACCAGCUGGUCUGAGGUUCUUGGAAACAUCUGUGGGCUGGACCAUCACAGCUGACUCAACUCAGAGAAGUGUGCGUUAUUUUUGGAGCACGUAAGAUAUUCUGUGCAAUGGAUUUAGCAGAGUGGCAAUGUUCAUCAUCUCCCCUGCAAAUGUCUAGUGUGGUUUAAGAUAAGGCUGAGCCUAGAAGCACAUCAUUGGUUACUUAUUUUUGUUCGAAAUUCCAAUUAUAUUCGACUUCCGCCACAAGUUGGGGGUUGUCUUCCCAUCUACAUCCUCUCCCUGACCUCCCUCUCUCUCCCUUGUCUUUCUCCGCCUUUCCCCUUCUCUUCCUUUUCCUGUCUCCAGCCUCCACCCCUCUCCUCUUAACCCUUUGCUCCCUCUGCCUUCUCCUAACCCAUGUCUGUGGUUUUGGGCCGUGCUGCUAACUUGCAUGUGAAACAUUACAAAGUGUUGCCAACUAUAUCUUCUCAUAACAGUGCUAUUUUUCUAACAAAAUUAAAUUAAACAAAAAAGUUUUUUUUUAAAAAAAGAAAGAUAUUUAUUGAAGCCUCAAUGCUGUAAUCUUUGUUAUCACUUUGCAUGUGUUGCUUAUCUAAAAUAAAAGAUUUUCCCCAUCCCGUAUGUACUUAAAGCUUGGUUUAGAAUACUGUAUAAAGUGAAUUUUACAAGUUCUUUCAGAUAGAAGGUCACUGUAUCUCUUUUACCAAAGGCAGUUCUCAUUCGGACUCUGGGCCACAAUAUUGACACCAAACCACUAGGUACAAUAAAACUUUGAUUUCCCUCUGAUCUUCACUGAGGAUGGGAUACGUGGGUGCUGGUUGGUCUUCAAACCUACCCCCCUGCAGUGAGAUCAUGGUAGGCUCUCUUCAGCAGAUUUCGAGUGAUCCCCCAAAUCCUCAGCCUCCUGGGGACCAGGGUCUGGAUUCCCCCAUGAUCACUGCAUGAAGGUUGACCCUCUUGAUUCUGCUCCGAAGUAGCAGGCUACCAUCUGAUCUGGGAACUGGUCCAUUUCCAAGUGCGCCUGUACUGAACGUAAGCCAGAUUAUCACGGGAAGAUGAUGAAACCCAGGAGUCUCCUGCUCGUUUUGACCCAGUGAGAUCUGAUUUAUUUUUACGAACAUUCUCCGAGGGAUACCAGAGCCUCAGAAUUAUACCUGACAAAAUUUGGACCUUAGCUGAUGGUUGAACCGAUUCAGUAGAGUCAUACAGCAUGGAAACAGGCCCUUCAGCCCACUGACUUCAUGCUGACCCUCAACCCCUGCACUAAAACAGUCAAAUCUGUCCAUAAGGUAUUACAAAUACUCGUAAGUUUCUUUGAACAUUUCAGUGAUGUUGGAAAGGAUCACCAAAUCUGCAUGUCCAACUUGCAUGUUAAUGAUCAGUUCUGAAAAGACCCAAUUUCAAAUGAUUGUGGAAUCAAAGAAAAAUACAGAUUCCCUGAGCUGAAUAAAUUGGCUGUAUCACUGGG